AUGCAGUUACCACUGAGCUAUGUGAGCAACAGCAAAUCCAUCUAAGUCCUGCAGAGCAAACUGAUGGAAGUGCAGUUGGAAAGGGAUGCCCUUCUGGAUACUAGACAAAAGGAAUUGCAGAGCCAAGAGAAUGAAAAAUUACAGCUGAAAAAUGCUAUUUGAGAGCUGGAAGCUACCAACCAGCUGCAGGAGGAGAUGCUGAGGGAGGCUGAGAGCCAAACUGAGCAUCUGAAAAAGAUGGUCCACGGCCACAAGGAAGUACUUCUGGAAUUACAGGGCAUCCUAAUGGACUACAAAGACAGCAGAGGCAGGAAACUCUGUGAGCACAAGAAUAUUACCAGCCUGCUCCUCCACAGCCUGAGCACAGCAACUGUCAAUGUCCUGAGAGAUUUAGACUCAGAGGUGUCAUACCUCAAACAAAAGGUUGUCCUGGUGGAAGAACUUCAGUCACUGAAAAAAAAGGUUCACAGACCCAAAAAGAACUUCUGCUUCAGCAACAUCAAAUUAGUGAAGGAAUAUCCCUCUGUCAGAGACCUUGAGAAGCAGUUGUACCUUGCUCAUUCUGAGCCAGCAGAAGCUCACACAGAACAGGAUCAAUGUGACCAAGAAUCUGGAAAUCUGAGGGACCAGACUCAUCAAUUAUUAAGUUUCAUAAAAAAAGAGAUAGAACUAAGCCUGGGAAAAGAACAGAACAAGCGAUUUUGGGAUCAGAACACAGACAACAGCAUCACUGUGGACCAGCUCAGGAGACAGCUGGACAACAAAAACCAGCAGCUGCAGAGCAUGGAAGAGGCAGUGAAGGAAAUGAGGAUGGAGUGUCUCAGACAAAUGGAGUGCCAGAUGGCUGUAAUUAAGGAAAAAAAUGAAAGCGUUGGAAGAAUCUCCUCUUUGAGUGUCCAGCUGGAGGCAACCAAGGAAACACUCCAUAAAGUUGGAGAUGAUCUUGCAGCCAAACAGAUGAAUUUGGAGGCUGCUGGGAAAACAGUGUCAGAUCUGGCAGCCUGUCUGCAGGAGAAGGAGAGAGCCCUUGGGGUUACCAGCCAGGAACUGAAGGAGCUGCAUUCCCAGCUUGGCAGCAGGCUGCAGGAGCUCCAGCAUCUAAAGAAUGAAGAGGGCUGCUUACACAAGGGGCAGUCGGAGUGUGAGACACUGAAACUGCAGGUGUUGGAGUAGGAAAGGAUCAGUGAGAUCUUCCAAAAGCAAACUGAUAACAUGACCCAGAUCAUGGGCCAGCACGGUCGGGCUGCUGGAGCAAUGGAAGUUGAGAAAUCCCAGCUUAGACAAGAAAUAAAUGACUGGAAACUCAGAGUAGAAGAGCUCAAGGUUGCAAAGGAUGAGAAAGAAGCCAGAAUACGUGAGGUGGAGGCCAGACUGAGCGAGCUGGAGCUGGAAAAGGUUCAGCUGGUUAACACAUGCACAGAGAGGCUCCAGGCACUUAAAGAUGUGAAACAGGAAAAAGAUCAGCUCACGGAUGAACUCCAGGCUGGUAGGAGCAACCUAGCUGGCCUUGCAGAGGCAUUUGAAGAUUUGGAGAGGGAUUACCAGGAUAAAAUCGAGGAGAUGCAAGAUACUGCAAACAGACUGAAAAUGCAGCUGAAAUCUGCCCAAGCUGAAGUGAAAGAGGCCAGGACUGCUCUAAAUACUAUGGAGGGAUCUGCUGGCAACGCUCUGGAAGUUGCAGUGAGAAUGCAGAAGCAGAUCACAGCCAAGAGAGGGCAGAUAGAUGCACUGCAGAGCAAGAUUAGAUUCUUGGAAGAGGCAAUGGCUAACGCAGCUGAGGAAAAGCAUUACCUCAGAGAAGAAAACUGUAAACUAAGUGAAAAAUUGAGCUGUAUUAGAGCAGAAAAUAUCAGGAUUGCUAGAGAACUGGACAUCCUGAGAGCACAAGACAAACAACUGAAAGAAAGACUAUCUAAGAUGGAGACAGCCCUUGAUAAGGCAUCCAUGCAAUUUGCAGAGUGUCAGGGCAUAAUCCUGUGUCAGGAGCAGGAGCUGCAGCACACUCUGGAUGUCAAAGAGCUGCAGGGCCCAGGCUACUCAUCAGCUUCUGCCUCAGGAAAGCUUCAGCAUGUUGUGCCUCUGUCCCACCUGCACCCUGCUGUCCUGCCACCUUCCCUGGCCAGCCCUGCCCCUCAGGUGGCUGUGACAAUAAAGGGGUUUCUGUCUGCAGACAGCUCAGCUGUUACAGGAAUGAGUGCCUGGAAAACACCCUCAUCUGCUCCUCUCUCUGUCUUCAGCACUGUGUCUGUGUCCUGUACAGCAAUACCUGGGGUCACAGGUACAGCAGAAUGUGUGGGAGGAUAUCUGGAAGCUUCAGGUGCCUGUACCUCAGGCCUCGAUCUUUUGAACAUCAGGUGGUGUUCAGCUAAUCUGUUCUUGCUGCUAUUUUCAGCCACGUCACCAGUGAUCAGAACUCAGGAGGUGAAGACAAAGAAAUCCAAGGAAAAGGAGAAAAAGCUCUCAAAGUGAAGAUGCCAUAUAUGUCAGUGAUUGCUUUCAUGUGGAUGGCAUAGGAGGACACCCCAGAUGACAGCCAGACAGCCCCUAAGAGAGAAAACCCAAUACCAGGCUAAUCUGUGGAGAGACUCCAAACAGUCACAGCUCCUAAAGGAAGCAGCGCAAGAUCUGGAUCCAGUUGGACGUGGUGUGAACAGGUCUGGCAACAGGGGCAGAUGAUUGUAGUACCAAAUGCUGAAGUAAGGGAAGGCACGAUUCCUGUCUGGGGUGUCGAAGAGCAGAGAUCCAUGAAGUGACAUGGAUGCACACAGAGACAAGGAAAAACACCCCACCCCUUCUGUGUGCUGUUCCAGCCCUUUAUUGUGGCCAGCAUAAGACAUCCACUGGAGAAAUGUCUGAUAGUUACUAAACCCCAGGAGUAGGAUUAAGGAUUUCUGGGGUCUGUUCUGAUUUGUCUGAUACUGUGCUCUGUGAUUUCCUAAUUCCUUCCCUGAGAAGCUUUUCCCCUCCCUACACAGACCUGAAGGAGCUGAGUAACUGGUGUUGCACAAACUGAAGAAGCCACUUGACAAGCUCAGUAAGUUUGGCUUUUUAUGUCUCUUCAAGGUAUUCCCAGUGCAUGGGACAGGACUGUUUCAUCAUGUACACGCUUUCCAGAAUGUGGGCCUUGUCUGCCUCUCUUCCUGGCAGUAUCAUCAUGAUUUUGGAAAGGGAAGAUGUGCCUCUGCUUGUCUCAGGGAUCUGCAGUUGUGAGACAGAACUGUGCCUUGAGCCAGCAGUGCACCCACUGCAUUCCCGUGCUGCACUUCAGAGGUGGAGUUGCUCCUCACGGGAAUGUUUUCAAUGUACCAUGGCCAGUGAGCACUUCCUUGGUUUCCAAAGGUAAAAUAAUUUGCCAAAAAAAAGAAAAAAAUUCUUGCUGAGAGUCGAGAAAAUCUGCUUGGAGAAGGGGUGUGGUUCUAUGCAUCACAUGGGUAGCUCUUUGUAGAAAAAUAAACUGAAAUAAUGAAUUAAGCAAA